GACACACACAUCUUAGAACUGGAGCAGGAAUGCAGUGAUGCUGCCGCCAUGGCAACCAUCACCGUGACCUCGCCUGAAGGGGUUGCCAUAACUACGCCAGAGGAGGCGGUGAGCCCCACCAGCAAAGAUGGCGGCCGACGGAAGGCUAAGGAUGUGGAGCUGCUGUACGAAGCGCUGCAGAAGGAACUAUGGGCCGUGGUGAGGGAGUCCCUCAGAUCCCCCACAGCGGGGCCCAACCUGGGCCUGGUGGUGCAGGUCCUGCAGCAGGAGGAGCAGGCAGACAGGGCCUGGGCCCUCAGUGAGCAGGCGGCCCCUGGGGGCCCCAGGCCUCGGCAGCUGAAGCAGCGGUGGAGGGAGGCCGUGCAGAAGGCGGCAGACGGCUCCCUGCCGCAGAAGAUGGAGUUCCAGACCGGGGAGCUGGCCGGGUAUCUGGACCGCAUCCGGACCCGUGUGGUGGAGGACCUGGGAGCCGCCAAGAGGAACGUAGUGUCCAUAUAUCCCAAAGAGUACGAACCCUUCCAGGUUUAUGUGCAGAGCUACCACCAGGCGGUUGCGAGGACACUGGAAGCCAUUACAAAUGACCAGCUGCAGAUCAGCGACAUAUAUUCUCUACUGGACUGGCUACACAACAUCUAUAACAGGGAUGUGUUGGGCACAGUGUGUAUUACGACACCGUUCAACCAUUCUCAUCUGGGUCCACUGCUGCCCUCAGAGACCGUGGACAGACUGGAGUUAGACUGUCUCAACUCAGUCCGGACGAAGGUAACGACAGAGCUGUCCCAGCUGCUGGAGGAGGAGGAGAAGAGGUGGAUGGAGACGCUCCACGUCGAAGAAUAUCAGAUAACACUGGCUAAGACUGUUAUACAGAGGCUUCAGGUGGAUCUGGAGCGUUCGGCAACCAUCAACAGGAGUCUGGGGUCCAGGGUCGCUCAGUGUAGUCUCAACGGACUGGCCGACUUCCUGUACAGUUUCCAGCGCAAGGUGGAGAUGUUCCACGAGAGCUCCCUCAGCGGCAUGUAUGCAGACAACCAAGACGGUUACGUUGCCAAAACCAUCGCCUUCGUCAACUGCUGCCCCCCGUUCAGGGGUUUCAUACAGCGGUGUGUCCAGUGUGACCCAGCCAUCAAUGAAGACUCUCUGCGUCGGGCCAACAGCGCUCUGGACCACAUCGUCUCUCAGGGCGUCAGAGUUCUGUCUGACAGGCUGUACCAACACAUCAGGCCAUUUUUUGAUAAGCUGGUGAAGAGGAAGUGGCUGACCAACACUGAGCCCAUGGAACAGAUCGAAGCAGAGAUCAAAGAACACUUUAAGAAGUACCACAGACUGGACAACCCCCCAUACCAGGUUUUAGUAGCGGAGCUCCAUAGGAGAGUAGUAAUGGAGUAUUUGCGCGCUGUAAUGAGAGGCAGAAUUAUCUGCACGUCUCUGAAGAUGAGGAAGAGGACGGCAGGACGCCUCCGAGAUGAAGGCGGACAGAUCAAAGUCCUCUUCAAGGACCUGGAGUCUCCUUCCUCCUGGUUGGACAGUGCUCUAUCCCACAUCUCAGAGAUCAUCCUAUUGGAGGACGUCCCAUCCAUUCAGAUGGAGGUUGGCAUGCUGGUCAGAGAGUUCCCUGAUGUCAGGAAGAAGCAUGUUUCGGCCAUCUUGAACAUCCGCGGUAUGACUCGUCAGGCCGAGCGGCAGGAGAUCCUGAACAUCGUGAAAGACAUCGAGAACAGUGACAGCGGCGCGGCACGCCUCUCCCGUGACCAUGCCCUCUUCUCGGAAAUCCCGGUGACUUCCGAGGUUCACUGCCUCAACGUCGGCCUGAGCCGGAUUGCCCUCACCGCCUCUUCCUGUUUCUCCUCGCUCCGUGCGCCACGCAAGAGACGUGCCCCCGUCCAGGAAAACCCGGACGACGUUCUCUAGAAGCGACCCCCCCCCCCCCCCCGAUCGUCUGCCAUUGCCCUCAGUUAGCACUGAGCUGGUUUGAAUGGCUGGUUUUGUUUCAUUCUUUUCACUUGCAGAGCUAAAAGGAGUUAAUUUUUACCAAAACAAGUCAAAAACUGUUUCACAAUACAGCAAUCUUGCUUUAUUUCUUUUUAAACUUUAAUCCGAUGUUAAAUCCACACUUGGGUCCCCCUGCUGGUGGGAAUACAGUACUGCGUGGGGAAAACACGAGGACAAGAAAAAGAAAAAAAACAGAAGUGCUCUGAGGAGUCGAGGGCGCGCGGUCGAAAACAUCUGACGACACGUUCUCAGGGUCACCGCCAGGGUUUGUGGGAAAUAUUUGUAACCUGUGUCCCUGGUCGUUAUGGAGAAUCAUCCAGACUGUUUCAUUAGCCAGACAGUUCGAGACUUCCUGGGCGCCUUCCUUUGGAGGUUUUCCGGGCACGGCCAACUGGGAGGAGACCCUGGGGUAGACCCAGAACUCACUGGAGGGACUACAUGUCCAAUCUGGCCUGGGGACGCCUUGGGAUCCCCCAGGAGGAGCUGGAGGGCGUUGCUGAGGAGAGGGACGUCUGGAGUGCCCUACUUAGCUUGCUGCCACCGUGACCCGACCCCGGAGAAGCGGCUGAUGACGAGAUGAGAGUUUGAGACUUGUCCACGUGUGUCACUAUGGAAGAGAGCACCUUAUGAAAACUCAUCUAAUCCUCACUAGAGUUCGUGAGGGCGGUAAACAGAAAAGUAUUUUCUCAUCUUUGAAACACCGUUGAUACACAAAACCAGUUUGGCAGUUUCACCAAACAGACAAUGACCAAAAGAGAUUUUUAUAGAUGGUUGAUUCAGUCCCAGACAGCAUCCGGAUGUGGGCCGAUUCAGGCAGUGAUGCGGCACUGAUGGCAUUCUUCUGGCCCUGACAAAAUGGAUGUGAGCCUGAAGUGGCCCACAGGUAUAAUAGCAAAUAUGCCAAAUCACAUGUGGGCCUUUUUUGGCAAAGCUUCGGUGCUCUGGGCAACAUGUGAUCUGGAUGUGACCCUGAAGUGGCCCGUGUGGUAAAUGGUGAAUAUGGCCCAAAUAUCACAACACAAAUAUGGACCACUUUUGGCAAAUAUGUGGCACAUGUGGCAUUGCCAUGGCUUGGUUCUGGCCCAGAUCUGGCAAACAGGAGCGGACCGCCCAAGUGCCAUCAUUCCACGCGGUAUGUGGGCUGGAUGAAGUGUCGAGUGUGGGACGGGUCCGGGCCACAGCAGUUUUGCCAUCUGGGAUGUGUGGGUCAUGACCCGUAGGUGGAAAACCGCUGCGUUGUGCUGUGUGAAAAAUACCACAGGGUAUAUGAGCACUUUUAUCCUCACUCGUCAUUCACAGCCUCAUUCACGAGCACAGACGUCAAGUUUGGGAACAUCAUUUUAGAUUAUGUUUAAGAUUUAUUCAUAUCAACCUUCAAUCAAUGGAUUGAUCGAUCAGUCUGUCUAUCAAUCAAUCAUCCAGUGCAGGUUAAUUUUCACAGACCUCAUACGCUUUACACGAGACAAGAGAAUAAAGAAUGAAAACACGGUACCUUGGUGAAGGUCUCUAUGCAAAUUUGGGGUUACGACUUUGAUUGUCACUGGUGCCCCCUGCUGUCGGAAACGUGAAGUGCACCGGAUGCAUGGGGGAGUCUCCGGAUGGUGAAUGGAGUGCGCCGCAAACAUGAAACCGAGAAACAAAAACAUGGGCGGUUUAUUUCAGGCCUCGCUGUGCAGCAAGGAAAGGACCUCGGGUGUAUCCGGAAGCUCGUAACCCUCCAAUUAAACUCAUUUCAAAGCGACAUGGGUUAACACAUGGCGGACACGCGCGAGACUUCCAAGCCAACGUCCCACACACCGGAUGUGACGUAAGCGUCCAACAUUGCGUCAUCGAGUCGUCUUCUGUAGAAACCCGAAAUUUAUUCUGACAACGUCAAACCAAAGACGUCACCAGCACGAGAACACACGGGUGACGGGAUAUUGGAGGGCUUCAUGUAAAAGACGAAGAAGAAGAGAAGAUUGGUGUUUUAUUGUUGCACAUGAUAUGCAAAAUAUAUGAAUUUUUAAUCUAAGGUACUAGAUAUUGAUUUUCAGAAUCUUCUCUAUGCUGAUUAUAUUUUUUUCUUAAUUUAAAUGACUGGUUUUAGGGCUAGCUGGAAAGCGUCGGUGUGAUGAGAUAUAUUAAAAAAAACACAACUGAGGUCCAAAUCCAUCUGCAAUAUUUCUGGUUGAGGUGUUCAUCCUGUUUCCACAUUGUUUCAACACGCUUUGGGUAGAAACGGGGGGGGGGUAAAUAUGGUGGGUUCUCUAACCGGUGGCUCUGUAGACACCUGACACUCGUCGAUGGACUGACAGGUGUACUUCUGACCCGGAUGUGCUCUACAUUAGCUGUCAUUCCAACAUCUGUCUUUUUCUUUUUUCUUACUUUAUUGAUACUUCAAAUACAUUCAAACAGAGCAAAAAACAAUAGAUAGAAUAUUAAAAAAACAAUAAAGACACAAAAGAGAAAGUAAAUUAUAAAAGAUAAAUAACAGAAAAAAAUCAGUAAAUAAAGGCGAGAUCAUAUUUUAUGUAAACGGAUUCAGAGAUUUGCAGAUGUUGGUAGUUUUUAAAGCCUUGGUGUUUUUUGGAGUAGAGGUGGUCCUUAUAUAUUGUUCAACUUCUUUUUUAAGUGCAAAGAGUUGAGGCUUUCUGCUGGAGAAUUUACAUUUAUGUGUAUGAACCUUGGCUAAAAAUAAAAGCAUAUUUAUGAAAAAGAAUGCAUCGCCAUCUUUGUGAUUAAAAUUAUGAAACCCAAAAAUAGCAUUCUUAUGGUGAAGGUGCAAAUCAGAAAAGACCAAAUCAGCCAUAAACUUGUGGAAGUCUCCCCAGAAUGGAUAAGUGAACUGACAUGAGCAGAACAAGUGUAGUGUGGAGUUGGAAAACAACGAGACAGGAGACGUGAGAGUAGACGUAGUCAAGGUAGUUUACUAGCUCCAACUUAGCACGUCACACAUUCGACAACGACGCUGAACCGUGAACCGGAAGCGGAAGUGCAUUAUCUGACCCCUCGCCUCUUCCCUUAAAGGUACACCGUCCUCUUGGGUGAAUGUCUCUCGUUAUAUAGAUGUGGCUCACCACAGGACACGUGUUUCAGGAUGCGUUGGCUAAAGAGAACAUUCAACAUCUGUAUCGUUUUUAAACUUUGAUACAUCUCGUUUUGCGGGGUAGAAUUUGUGUAGCCAUUUAAAUGAAAUCUCUUUUCCAACACCUGUUUCAGACGACGCACGGGCCGGUGUUACUUACGCGCGAGAACUAAACGCUUCGUUUCCCCUGCCGAGUUUACCGGAAAGGGAAGGAAAACAUAGCCACGCGUCAGUGACGUCAUGUGGAAUUUCACAAUAAGAGGCUCGCUUAAAACUGUAACGCCUCCGUAAGCUUUCAGAGAAAACGCACUAAAGAGAGAGUUGUGUUGCCUUUACUGGACACCAGGAAUAUUGCGAGGACAAAAGGUGGUGUUUCACCACCACACAAUGUCCGGCACCACCCACACCCGUCAUAAACGUCCCUUCUUUAUUCCACUUUUCUGAAUCCAAACUGCCUAUUUAUGCUCAUUUACGCUUUCAUGGCGAUCCUAUUUAUGGCAGAGCAGCAGUCUGAUGUGUCUGAUAAUCUGCAUUAACCUGUCAAAUGUCCCUGUCGUGAACGCACCGUCACUUCCUAGACGCUGGCGAGCUCCUCGGCCCCCAACCGAAACGUGAGAAACUGGACGUUUGGCUGCAAAGUGAUGCACGUCUCUCAUCCCUGCUGUUGUGCCUCACGGCCAUGCUGUGGUGAUUGAUAAGGUGAUCGAUAAGGUGAUUGAUAUUAUCAGCACACUUAAAGGUGGCUGGUUAAAGGAGGCCAGAGAAGCGGUCCUACGGAGGCCGAACAGCUGAUGGGGAGCAGCGUCUGUUCUGAGAGCUCCUGGAAUAGAAGAACCUCUGAAUAAUGCUCCUUGUUCUCCUUCUUUGUUUCCUUUCUCUUUCUCCAGAUUUGUUUUCUUUGAAAUACGUUGUUUAUUCAGUGUACCAAGAAUGUGUAGAUGUUGUGGUCGCUCUCUGGAACACAUCGUCGUGGGAUGAAUAUCGGGCUGUCAUCAGACGACAAACAUUUCUGUUUUUUAAAUCACGGACAGUUGGGAUUCUUUUCUUUUCUGCUGUUUCCUUUGCUUUGUUUUCCUCCGUCUCUGGGACAUUUAGCUCAUUCUGCCCAGACACAGACUGUAAGAGAUCUGCUAAUGACAUGGAAAUAAAAAUGAUGAGA